AUGGGUUCGACAAAGGAGAGUUAUGCCAAAUUGGCCAGAAGUUUUCGAAAUGCGAUGCGACCUCUAAUUCUAGUUGAUGGUACGGCCCUAAAAGUUAGAUAUGAAGGGAAGUUGAUUAUUGCUACGUGUCAAGAUGUCAACAUCCAAAUUUACCCUCUUGCAUUUGGCAUUGUCGAUGGAGAGACUGAUCUAGCAAUGCGUUGGUUCUUCACGAAACUGAGAGAAGUAAUUGGGGAUAUCGAGAACCUUGCAUUUGUGACUGACCGGAGACAGCCAAAAAUAAAUGGUAUAGCUGAAGUUUUUCCUGAAGCACAUCAUGGUUAUUGCAUGUACCACAUUCAGGGCAACCUGAAGACUAGGUACCGGGGCAGUGGCAUCGUUGCAUUGUUUAGGAGAGUUGCAGAAGCUUACAGCUUUGAAGAGUUUACGAAGGUCAUGGGCGAAAUAGAACAUAAAUCAGAAAGUGCAUGGAAAUAUCUAUCAAAUAUGGGGGUCAAACAUUGGGCACGUAAGUUGCAACAGUGGUUUUAUGACCGACGUGAGGAAUCCCAGAAUUGCACAAGUGUGUUAGCUCCGGCACAGGAAGAUCGACUAUUCAAAACUCUGGAAGUGGUAAAAGCUUUAUUUGUGGAACCACUAGAUCAAUUUCGCUUCUCAGUAAGAUGUGGACGUAAUGUUGGAUACAUUGUAGACUUGAAUGACAAUACCUGCACGUGUAGACAAUUUCAGUUGGAGAGUUUUCCAUGUGCGCAUGCUGUCGCAGUGGCUAUGUAUAUAGGAUUUCCACCACACAGCUUAUGCAGUCAUUAUUACACGGCUGAUUUUUGGAAAGCAGCAUAUGCCGAAACUAUAUUUCCUCUACCAAAUGAAGUCGAGUGGGAAGUUCCUGAUUAUAUUGUAGCAUUUAAUAAUUUGUUGCUAGCUGAAGUUCGAACGCGUACUCCUGGUCGUAGACGGACGUCUAGAAUACCAUCUACAGGAGAGUUUCCACAACCGCGUAAGUACGAAAGGUGCGGCGCUGUAAGGCAUACACGUCGAUUUUAUACAAGUCAGAUCCCACUAAACAAUGACUCGACAGAUGUAUAG